AUGCUAGUGUUAUUGCAACCAUGGAGAUCUUUACUUGACCUUAAACCAGCUCAGCUCACAUUCGAAGGCGCAUUCAACGCAUUUACAAAAACAGCAUCAGUAGAUGUACUGAACAUAAUCAAAAACAUUCAGUACUUCUAUGAAUGCUCUGAUCAAGCGCGAGAGAGGCAAGUUAAUCGAGCAUUUGAUUCUGCAUGGAGAACAGCUGCUGUCGACACUACUCAGACUGAAGAAGACGAUGCCGAAGAACUGAUCAAUGAUCCACAAGGAGAUGGAGACUCAGAUGACGGAAGCUCAGCCGAGAUCAUUACUGAAUCUGAUAUUGAAAAUGCCCUUCAAGACUGUCACUCUACUCGGGAAAUGUUAUAUGCCGACGUAGCAAUCAAUAUUGCGGAAGAUUUUGCGAUUUUUGCUGAUGAUCCAGUCCAAAUUGCGUCAUGUCCACCAAGGCGCUGUAGAGACUCGCGUUUCUGUGGGCUCAUAUGGGCUCAUUUUACGAAUUCUGGCAACUGGCCUUUACUGCACGACUCGCACCAUCAUCCGUAUGCGACUUCUAUCUUGUUUCUGGUCAUUCCACACACAACGCGCAGCUUUCCCGCGAAACGCGCCAUAGGCGCGCUACUUUCCCACACAACGCGCAGCAUUCCCGCGCGCACUUAG